AUGUUGCGUCAGAUAUUUUUGGCAUACGUUGGGCCUAUCACAGCUUCGUUGACCAUCAUUGGUAACAUCAUAGAAAUAUACACCAUCUUUGAGAGUCGAAAACAUAAACAGUUAGCAGUGUCAAUGAUGUUCUUCUUAAACCUAUCUAUCUCGCAUUUGAUAACUGGCAUAGCUUCGUUGUUGUAUCACACCAUGCAAGCUUAUACCAAUGCACUUACUGGUUUACACACUCAUUUAAUGACUGGUUUUUUUCUGAGGUGCUUCUUGUAUAUAAACGCGUUCAACUUAGUGAUGUUAACACUUAUUCGUAUGUACGCUGUUACGAGACCUAUCACGUAUCGAAACGUUACGAGGAAGUACGCGCGUUGUACGUGCUUUACGGCAUGGGGACUAGCAUUGCUAUUAAGUUCACUUUGUUUUAUAAUACAUAAAUACGAUCACGCCGGGUAUGAGAGAUAUGCGCAACUUAUUUUCCCGAUAAUUUCCAUCUCUACUGUUAUAUUAUGUUCUGUGGCGUUUUACAGAAUCAACAAAACUUUACAUAACCAAGGAAAAUUUCGUGUCAAACAUUUGGCUUAUUGCAAUGGUAGGACUGAGAAAAGAACGAUUGGUGCAUUAGUUAGCGCCAUAUCCACGACAGAUACUUUACAGAAUAAUGGUAAGCAUAUGAGACUAAGAUAUAACACCUUGUUCGAAAUCAAUUUAAUCAAACUAACCGGUAGUACGAUUGUUCUGUUUAUACUUUGUUGGUUUCCAAUAGCAACAUAUUCAAUAUUAGAAGCUGUGAAGGUGACAAAAACGCCUCAAGCGAAACUGGUUUUGUUAGAAAUAGCUUUGAUCAAUUCGUUGUUGAAUCCUUUAUUUUAUUUCAUCCAUAUGAGAUCUCAAAUCCGAAAACAAAUUCGACAUCGUUUUACGAAGAUUUCAAAGGGAAUUAAAAAACCAGUGGUCGAAGAUAAUGCAAACAACAAAGCAAAAAACAGCAAAUGGGCUUGUUAA